CCAGGGAACUAUAUUCUCUCCCACAGACUGGUAACUAACUACAAUUAUCUAAGCUGUAUUCACAGCUUAGAUAAUUGUACUCACGCAGCUCAUCAUGGAUCCAGUUAACUACUGUCAGCAUUAUUGUUGUGACUUUUCAAAGAUGUCCAGUACAAAGGUACUGCUGUUCCUGCAGAGCCUGUCCCGGAGGAAGCCCCUGGAGCCUGAGGGUGAAGUGUCCAACUUUCGGAGGUGCCUUACCACUCUUGACCUGGUGGCUCUUGGGGUUGGCAGCACACUCGGGGCCGGUGUGUAUGUGCUGGCAGGAGAAGUGGCCAGAGUCGUGGCUGGGCCAAGUAUCAUAAUCUCUUUCCUGAUAGCAGCCGUGGCCUCCGUAUUCGCAGGACUGUGUUAUGCUGAAUUUGGAGCUCGUGUUCCCAAAACUGGCUCUGCCUACCUCUACUGCUAUGUGACUGUGGGCGAGAUAUGGGCUUUUAUCACUGGCUGGAACUUGUUGCUGUCUUAUGUCAUAGGGACUUCAAGUGUAGCCAGAGCAUGGAGUGGGACCUUUGAUGAUCUCAUUGGAAAUGUCAUUGCCAACUCUCUGGGAAAACAGGCUGCAAUGGAUUUACCUGGAUUAGCUUCCUACCCAGACUUCUUCGCAGCUGGUCUCAUAAUGCUCUUGGCAGGGAUCCUUGCAUUUGGUGUUAAAGAGUCGGCCAUUGUAAACAAGGUUUUUACAGCAGUUAACAUCCUAGUGUUGCUGUUUGUCAUCCUCUCUGGCUUCAUAAAGGGGGACAUCGACAACUGGCACAUCAGUGAAGAUACUCUCCUAAAUGGACAUGAAAACUACACAUUCUUGAAUGGAACCAGCAGACAUGGCAGCUGGGAUUUUUUCCCUUUUGGCUUUCAGGGAACAUUAGCAGGAGCAGCCACUUGCUUUUAUGCAUUUGUUGGGUUUGACUGCAUUGCUACAACAGGAGAGGAAGUUCAAAACCCUCAGAAGUCGAUCCCCCUUGGGAUUGUUGUGUCCCUCCUCAUCUGCUUCCUGGCUUAUUUUGGUGUGUCUGCUGCCCUGACUCUCAUGAUGCCAUACUAUAUGCUUAGCAUUCACAGCCCACUGCCUGCAGCCUUUACAUACAUCGGCUGGGACCCUGCAAAGUAUGCAGUGGCUGUGGGAUCCCUCUGUGCACUGUCAACAAGCCUUCUAGGAUCGAUGUUCCCAAUGCCCCGUGUUCUCUUUGCGAUGGCCAGGGAUGGGCUUCUCUUUAGGCCUCUCAGUAAGAUGAGUGACAGACAGAGUCCUGUCAUAGCUACAUUGGCAUCUGGGGUUGUAGCAGCUGUCAUGGCAUUAUUGUUUGACCUGAAGGCACUGGUUGACAUGAUGUCAAUUGGAACCCUCUUUGCCUACACACUUGUCGCCAUAUGUGUUCUCAUAUUAAGGUACCAAGUUGAUGGCAGUGAAGAUUCAAGUUCAAGCAAAGCUGAAUCUUUUACAGUUGGUGGAUUAUUAUGGCCUCCUUUACAAGCCACCACAAGGACAUCAAAAAAUGUGUCAGUUUUAACUGUUUCUAUUGUCUUUUUAGCUGUCACCCUGAGCCUUUUCCUAUCUGGGGCUGUAGACUUCCUGCAGACUCUUCAGUGGUGGAGUUCACUUUGUGUAUGUGUGAUAGUACUGAUGCUAGUCCUUAUAGUCCUGAUCAUCUGGAGACAACCACAAAGUACAAGCAAAGCUGCUUUCAUGGUGCCAUUUGUGCCAUUGCUUCCAACCUUUAGCACCUUUGUCAAUGUCUAUCUUAUGGUUCAACUUGGAUCAGAUACCUGGAUCCGCUAUGCAGUAUGGAUGGCAGUAGGUUUAAUGAUCUACUUCGCUUAUGGUGUUCGACACAGUGUGCAGAAAAUGAGACUUAAAAAUUCACAUAGUCAAGUUGAAAUUCACACCAUUACCACCACUCUGGAGCAAAACUCUGAAACUGGACAAGAUCUGAAUGACUAAAGAAGUCACAUUAUUGAUUUGAUAGUAUACACCUGCAGAAAUGAAUGCUUAAAGGUUAAUAAACAUGUCAUACUGUGCAUAAAUGUCAAAGUAAUUCUUUAAAAAAAUCCCAGUUAGUCACAAUGGCACCAUUUUUUAUGUUUUUAUUUAUACCUUUUACAACUAAAUUCAUUCCUCCACGAAGUUCAUGUGUAAGGUUUUACAAUGAAUAUUUUCCAUUAUUAUUAAUCUCACCCAAAAGAGCUCAUUGGAGGUAAAUGCUGUAAGAAAGUUAGGCUCUUGUAUUUAAUUGUUUGGCCACCAGUAUGGUCAAAGAGGCCGUUGUGUGUACAUUUGAUGUAUUUUCCUUUAUGGUGUUUAGCUGUUACUAGUUUUGUAUAUGAAAUAUAUCCUUACUAAAUAUAUCCUUAGCCCUCUGUGUUAUUGGUGUUAUUAAACGGUUUUUAAUAAUGACUAUGUUUGCAAAGUGCAACUUUUUCUUAUUUUGAAAUAAACAUGGUGUUUAUAACC